UUGAUGUUUUGUGGAGUGGACGCCGUUAACGGGAAGAGAGCGACGUUUCUUGUUUUUGUUCGAAUAAACCGUCGAACGGGAGCCGAACCGGGCUUACUCUGUGUGUGUCGGUUCGUAAGGCGCCUCUGCCCGGGGAUAAGAACCGAGCGGCCAGCCGGAGGACCAGCACACCGAGCAGUUUGAUCCAGAAAGAGAGGACCGUCACCCUCUGACCCCCUCCCUAACACAUACACCACACCACACAAACACAGCACUACCACCAUGACAAUCCUCCCGAAGAAGAAGCCCAGCUCGGGAGUCGGGGUCGCUGAUCAUGCCGAUGACAGCGACCGUCGGAGCGGCUCCGACCCUCACCAACACCCGCACCCCCACGCAGGGCGGACCGGCGCCCGUCCGAGGGCUUCCCCUCCGCCCUGGUCUUACCAAUCCGCUCCGCCCUCCGCGAGGGACGAUCGGCGGAGCAUCGAGGCGAGCUCCCGGCCGCAACAGGCCUCUCCGCCGCCCGUCGGCUCCGUGUCACCGGUAGGGCCCGGAGAUGGCCGGGACAGCAGCGGCGGGAUGGUGUCUGGGCCCCGCGGGGAGCUCGUUGUGUCGGCGGCCGUUGUCGGCUGCGGAGGAGGUAUCGGAAGCUGCUGCUCCGGGCCUGGACUGAGCAAGAGGCGGCGGCAGGCAGGCAGCUGCUCCGGCGGGGUGGUGGCAGCUCUGGCCGGGGGAGGCCAGCCAGGGGUGACCGGACCCGGAGGAGUAGGAUCAAGCCAGGAUACCGAGGAGGGAGCCGGAAACAACAGCGAGGACGAGUACGAGAAUGCGGCGAGGCUGCAGUCUAUGGACCCGGCUACCGUGGAGCAGCAGGAGCACUGGUUUGAAAAAGCUCUGAGGGAAAAGAAAGGCUUCGUCAUCAAGAAGAUGAAGGAGGACGGGGCGUGUCUGUUCAGAGCCGUUGCUGAUCAGGUGUAUGGCGAUCAGGACAUGCAUGAAGUGGUCAGGAAACACUGUAUGGAUUACCUGAUGAAGAAUGCCGACUAUUUCUCCAACUAUGUGACCGAAGACUUCACCACAUACAUCAACAGGAAGAGGAAAAACAAUUGCCACGGCAACCACAUCGAGAUGCAGGCGAUGGCUGAGAUGUACAACAGACCGGUGGAGGUGUACCAGUACGGCACAGAGCCAAUCAACACGUUCCACGGCAUUCACCAGAACAACGAUGAGCCAAUCAGAGUGAGCUACCACCGCAACAUCCACUACAACUCCGUGGUCAACCCCAACAAGGCCACGAUCGGAGUCGGACUGGGACUGCCAGCCUUCAAACCAGGGUACGCAGAUCAGUCUCUGAUGAAGUCGGCCAUCAAGACGUCGGAGGAGUCGUGGAUCGAGCAGCAGAUGUUGGAGGACAAGAAGAGAGCGACGGACUGGGAGGCCACCAACGAGGCCAUCGAGGAGCAGGUGGCCCGGGAGUCUUACCUGCAGUGGCUGCGGGACCAAGAGAAGCAGGCCAGACAGCCUCGUAAGGCCAGCGCCACGUGCAGCUCGGCGACGGCAGCGGCUUCCAGCGGACUGGACGACUGGAGCGCCCGGUCGCCACGGCAACGGGACACCGACCCCUCCCACUCAGACCUCACGACCACCCCGUCGACCAACAACAAGCCCCCCUCCCCCGCUGGAGCCGCUCUCAUCCUGAGCAAACCUCCCUCCCCCUGCGCACCAGGUCCCAGUAAUCAGAGUCGUCAUCAUUUGGAGUACAGAGCCAUCAUGCAGGAGAUGUCGCCCACAGCCUUUGGUCUGACGGACUGGGAGGACGAUGAGAUCUUGGCCUCUGUGCUUGCCGUCUCUCAGCAGGAGUAUCUGGACAGCAUGAAGCACCAGAGCGCCACCAUGCAUCGAGAGAGGGAGCCGUCCCCCGACAGCAGCUGAUGACCAGCCUGCCCACGCACACACAACGAUGACCUUGACCUCCUCUCCUGCCUCACCCCUCCCUCCCCCUUCCUCCUCCCCUCUGCCCCUCAGAAGGAGAUCGACCAGGGAAAAAAUAAACGAAGAAAUGCACAUUAGUUUUUUUUCUCCAGUUUAAUUUAUCCGCUCAUCUCUCCAUCCUUCCCUCCUUCUUUCCUCCCUUACCUGCUCCCCUCCCUCCUUCCUCCUCCAUCUCCGUCACGCCUUUUUGAUCCAACAUAACCGACACGUUUUUCUCUCCUGGUCACCACUCAGAGGAGCUCAGUCUUAAAGCUGAUUUGGGAUCAGUUCUGAUUAAAACCUGACAUAAAGCACCUCAUGGAGCAGCUUUCAACAAAAAUGUACCAUAGCACUCGAUUUAAAUUGUUUUCUUUAGCUGUCAGAAGUUAGCUCUGAGGCUAACAAUGUCAUUGGUUUCAGUGAGGAAGGCUAAUUAGCACUUAAGGAUGGUUAAUGCUGUAAAGCAGCAUCUACGAGAGCAAGCUAUCACCUGAAGUCUUACUUGAUUGCCAAGCUAGCUCCAUGGUUUCCAGGCCCAACUAGGUGCAUCGCUGUAAGCUUAGUUAGAAAUGGUGUUUUUAUUUUCUGAUGAGUCAGACUCGUCUCAUAGCUCCUGCUGGCUGACAUUUUUAGAGGACUGCUAGCCCCAACCUAACGGGAAAUUAACAACUCUAAAGAGCUGUAGCCCCAGAACCUUUGGAAAGCAAAAGCCAGUAAAUAAAGACCCAGGAAGACCAAAACUUUUUAGUAGUAAGCUGUAAACACGUUUAUUUCUGCUGUAAAGUUAAACACUUUAACAUGGGACUCUAUGGGGAUGGACUCACUGUUCGAGCCAACCUCUAGUGGACACUCAAGAAACUACAGAUCAGAAGAAAUCCAACAUUACGAUAUCUUUUUGAUAGCACAAUAAACAUUAAAAGUCCUAGACACCAAAUAUUAGUUUAUUUUGGUAAACAGAAAUGCAAACUCCAGCACAUUUUUUAUGUUGAGCAAAAACACUGACAACAUGUCAAUGCUGGAUAUGUUCAAUUAUGUUCUAUUAUGUUUAUUUAUAAAUACUCAAAAAUGAAAGCAGACACCUACAGACUUUAUCACACAAAUAAAUUACCAUUUAAAUUAAUUUAAAUGUUGCCUAUGUAGUUUUGCAAUUUAGACAGUGGUCGAUCUCUUUUUGUUGACAAAUGAUUAUUAGAACUUUUUCUAAGACUUUGUUGUUUUCAAUUCUGUAACUUGUUAAAUGAAAGAGAUUAUAUUAAAGUGGUGUCAGAAAAGUCGGUGUAUGACCAGGUUAAAUUUAACUAAAAUUUGCUUAAAAAUAUGGCUAUAAACGUGUUUGUUUCUGCUCUAAAAUUGAACACUUUAACAUUGGACUCUAUAGGGAUGGACUCACUGUAGGUGACGGCCUCUAGUGGACACUCUUGGAACUACAGUUCAGAAAAGUCCAGCAAUAGUGACGCCUUUCAGAUAGCACAGAGAAAAUUAGAAGUCUUAGACACCCAAUAUUGAUUAAUCUCCCCUUUUUUCAUAAAAAAUAAACUUCGGAGCAUUGUUUAAAUCAGUGGUUCUCAAUCCUUUUCAGCCCACGACCCCAAAAAUAAAGGUUUCAGAGACUGGGGACCCCCACUGUACCUGAUGGUGGC